AUGGGUAACCAAGCCAGCGGUGUUCAAACGUCAACAUGGUUGGUACCACAUGGUUGGAGGAAGCGCGACUGCUUCUACGAAGGCUACAUUGAGGGUUUCCCUGUUUCGCUCGUGGCACUUAGCAUCUGCUCCGGCCUGAGCGGGAUCCUGCAGCUCACGAAUGCCAGCUACGGGAUCAAGCCUCUGGAGGCUGCAGCUGGGUAUCAGCAUCUCGUGUACCCAAUGUGGAACGAAAAUGUAGAGACUCAGCUGUUCGUAGAAAACAACUCUCUUGCCCGGACUGGGCAGGCGUCACGGAAGCUGGAGGACACAAUAGCAAGUAAGCAACCUGUCAGUAGAUCCCCUCGGUAUCUGGAAAUGCACGCAGUUUUGGACAAGGCUCUGUAUGACUAUAUGGGGGCAGACAAGGAUGCUGUGACGGCCAAGAUAGUUCAGCUUUUCAGCUAUGUGAACAGUAUGUUUGCUCGCCUCAAUCUGACGAUAGUACUGUCUUCCCUGGAGUUUUGGACAGAAAAUAACAAAAUCCCAACCACAGGAGAUGCUGAGGAGUUGCUGCAGAGAUUUUUGCAGUGGAAAAAUGUGCAUCGUGUGUUGCGGCUGCAGGACACAAUGUUCCUAUUUGUUUACAGGGAGCAGUCCCGUUACGUGGGGGCUUGUUCUGUGAGGAAGCUGUGUCUCAGAAAUCAUGCUGGAGCGGUUGCCUUGUACCGGAGGGCUAUGACGCUUGAGGCGUUUGCAGUCGUCGUGGCCCAGCUGCUGGGGCUCAGCCUGGGGAUGGCGUACAACGAACCCGGGAGCUGUCACUGCGCAGGAGCCGUCUGUGUAAUGCAGGCCAGCUCGGUGUAA